AACGGAAAGAAAUACGAUUAGCAAUAAGCAUAAGCAUCCCGCAAGAAAACGAAAGCCGGUCUUCUUGUUCCGUGAAUUGAAUGCGACCCAAACCUCACCCCUUCCGCCUACAAAUACCCCAAUGCUCCUCUUAACUUCCCUGCGCCUCUCUUCUCUUCCGCCUUCCUUCUGAUUACUUCCCAUUCAAUCGAAAACAGGAAUUCAGAAAAUGGGUCGUCUUCGUUUCUUGCUAUUCCCCUAAAAUUUCCUGCGAUUUCACGAGCUUAGCCGCCCCUUUGCUCAGAAUUCGCUACAGCAUUGAUAGUUCUUCUUCUGGGAAUUUCACUUUUGGAGUUCUUUCUGUGUUUGGAGGGGUAAUCUAGAAUUUGGAGGAUUAAAUUUCUCCAUGGGAGAAGCCCCAGCUUUCUUUGUUCAUGAUUUGAAGGAAGGAUUUCGUAAUGGGUUCGGUUUAAAAUCGAAAGGUUGUGAAACAGCCACUGUCAUCGGCGAUAAAACAUAUCUUGUUGAUGGAGGCUGUGACGACUCGUUGUUGUCGUUUCAAGUUCGAGUAUUUGAUCAUUCCAAAGGAUUGAAGAUCAAUCCAGUUGUUUUGGGAACGGUACCAAACCCGUGUAAAGGGCAUUCAGCAAUCGCUUUGAAUGAAGAUCGCAUCUUGUUUAUUAAGGGCGGAUCCGCCUUAGAUGACUCUUUUUGGUUUCUUGAGGUGGAUACCCCAUAUGUUCAAGAACAAAGAAAGUCAUUGGGUUGUGAAGUUGUUGCUUGGAGUAAAGGUGUGAGGGGAACUAUCGAGAAGCCGAUCGUUGUUAGCGGUCCGUCUGGUGUCGGUAAGGGUACUCUUAUAUCCAUGCUAAUGAAAGAGUUUCCAUCUUUAUUUGGAUUCUCCGUUAGCCACACGACCCGUGCUCCGAGGAACAUGGAGAAAGAUGGCCUCCAUUACCAUUUUACGGAGCGUAGUGUUAUGGAGAAGGACAUAAAAGAAGGGAAAUUCCUCGAGUUUGCUUCGGUUCAUGGAAACCUCUAUGGAACUAGUGUCGAGGCAGUCGAAGUGGUAGCAGAUGCAGGAAAAAGAUGCAUUCUCGACAUCGACGUUCAAGGUGCAAGGUCCGUGAGGGCUAGUUCCUUGGAUGCAAUAUUCAUCUUCAUCUCUCCACCGUCAAUGGCUGAACUCGAGAAGCGCCUUCGUGCUAGAGGAACCGAAACUGAAGAACAAAUCCUAAAACGACUGCGAAAUGCCGAGGCCGAGAUCAAGCAAGGCGAAUCGUCUGGUAUAUUUGAUCAUUUCUUGUUCAAUGAUAACCUUGAAGAGUGCUAUGAGAGUUUGAAGAAACUUUUGGGGCUUGAUGUGAGUGUUCAUAGUUGCAUUAAAUCAGAUUUGGACCUUCCUCCAAUCGUUCAUUCGGUAUCGAGGAUCGAUAACAAAAUUAUAAUAACCUACCGAACUUCAGACCUCGAGAAUGAAUCUCGGAAGAUGAUUGUGUUGGAUCUAUCGUCGCUCAAAGGCGGAGCGCCUGGCCGGACAAGAGGGUUGGAGGCUUAUGCUAUCGACUCGGUUUCAAAUGGCUCGAAUAUGAUGAAUCAGCCUAGCUAACAACUCGACUCGUCCACCCAUGAUUUACAUUGCUAACAUGCUCUACCCUUCUACAGAUGAUGGCAAAGAGAGAACGGUCUUACAUUUCGAGACGACUUAACUAGUUUGAUUUUUUCUGGUAUUACGUUUUGUUUGGCGUUUUAAGUUUAGGAAGAGAAAUGACUCGAAACAAUGUCGAAAAGAUCGAUCGAUUAUUAUUAUUUAAUACAUUACAUAGGCUGUGAGAUGUGGUCUGUGUGAUUUUUCUGCGGGGAAUUGGCUCUCAUCAUUUAUUCAACACUAAUUAUUGUUCCUUUCA